AUGAGCAACAGCCUCUCGAUCGACCAGCAGUCGCGGGCUGCAAAAGCCUACGUGCUGCAGGAGCUGCGCAGCACUGAGCAAGGACGAAAGCUUCUAAGCGAUGGCGAGUUCUACGGCAGGCUCGACAUGAACUUCAUCACUAUCUUCGCCAUUUUCGCCGAGCUAUACGGGUAUCGGCAUGACUGCUUAGAUCAGUUGGUUGAUCUGAUCACGAUGUGUGGUACGUCGUGGCAAGACAGAGAUCCUGAGCUCCGAAGGCUUGAUAAGGAGCGAGAACUCAAUCCGGAUUGGUACAUGAGUAACGAGAUGCUCGGAGGCGUCUGUUACGUCAAGCAGUAUGGAAAAAAUCUGGAGGGUAUCAAGGCUCGCAUACCAUACUUUCAAGAGUUGGGUUUGACAUACUUACAUUUGAUGCCGCUGUUCCUUGCCCCGAAACCGCUCUCCGACGGGGGCUAUGCAGUGUCGAGCUAUCGAGAUGUUGAUCCAGAUCUCGGCGACAUGCAGCAGCUUAAGGAACUAGCGACGGAACUGAGAAAGGCUGGAAUCAGCUUGGUACUGGACUUGGUGUUCAACCAUACUUCCAACGAACAUCGUUGGGCCAAGAAAGCUGCAGAAGGCGACGCAGAACAUAGUGCCAUGUAUUGGAUCUUCCCAGACCGCAAUGUGCCCUCAGCAUUCGAGCGAAGUACGAGAGAGAUCUUCCCAGAUGACCAUCCAGGCUCCUUCGUACAGCUACCAGAUGGGCGGUACAUAUGGUCGACAUUUUACCACUUUCAGUGGGACCUCAAUUACUCGAAUCCGGCGGUGUUUCGAUCAAUGGCGGCAGAAAUGUUGUACCUCGCUAACAUCGGGGUCGAUUUCUUCCGCAUGGACGCCGUGGCCUUCAUGUGGAAACAGAUGAACACCGACUGUGAGAACUUGCCGGAAGUGCAUAAAUUGCUGAGAGCGUUCAAUGCACUCUGUCGAAUCGCUGCGCCUUCCAUUCUGUUCAAGUCAGAGGCAAUAGUCCAUCCUGACUUUGUGGUGCAAUACAUCGACCGGUAUGAGUGCCAGCUGUCAUACAAUCCGCUGCAGAUGGCCCUGACUUGGGAAGCCCUCGCAACUCGAGACGCUUCCAUGCUCUCGCAGGCCAUUGAGCGAAGACACAACAUAGCCCAGGGUUGUGCCUGGGUGAACUAUGUCCGAUCUCAUGAUGACAUCGGAUGGACUUUUUCGGACGAGGACGCCCUCGAACUCGGGAAGGAAGGCAACAGCCAUCGCAAAUUCUUGAAUGCGUUCUUCGUCAACCGCCAUCCUGGCAGCUUUUCACGAGGCGUGCCAUUUCAGGACAAUCCGAGGACUGGCGACUGCCGUAUAUCUGGCACGACGGCAUCCUUGGCAGGGCUGGAAUCAAUGCAGGAUCACGCGAUAGAGCGCAUUUUGAUGGCUUACUCGAUAGCCAUGAGUACGGGUGGGAUUCCGCUCAUCUACUUGGGAGACGAAGUUGGUCAACUCAAUGACUAUAGCUAUCUAAACGAUCCAGCCAAAAUGGACGACAGUCGGUGGGUCAACAGACCUUCAUACCCCGAGCAGAGAUACGCCGAACGAAAUGAUCCAAAUUCGAUACCUGGGAAGAUCUUCGCUGGCAUGAAACACCUGAUCAAGUUGCGAAAGUCCACUGAAGAGUUGGCUGGCGGGAGGGCAGUGGGCUUCUUUACGGGAAAUCCAGCCAUCCUUGGAUAUCAGCGGCCUGGGCCGACUACGACAGUGCUAUGCCUGUGCAACUUUUCGGAUUAUGCGCAGUGGGUAGGUCGAGACCGGUUCAUGGGAUUGCCUGCUGAGGUGCAUGACCUGGUAUCGGGCUACGACAUCAAGUUGAGAGAAGCCUCCACCACAAUGCCAGGGUCAUUCGCUCCCGAUCACGACUCUCGAACCGACUUCCCCACCGCACGGCCGUCAUUUUUCAUGCCGCCCAGUCCAUCAGCCUCUUCCGCAUUAUCACAAUCGGCCCGCUGGCAGUCAAGAGACGCGCGGAAACGACAGCGAGGCGACAGUCGGUGCAGCGCCAGCACGCCUAGAAGCGCUCGGCCGAGUCUUGUCACUACAGAAUCAUAUGGGUUUGAUGCGCCUAGUCCAGCGCCGCUCGUCAGCACAGACUAUGUCUUUGCCGGUGGCACACCGUCAGCGUCACGACUCGGCGAAAAUGAGCCGACAUACAGCUACGAACAAGACUUCAGACCGACUCGAUUAUCGCAGAACAGGGCGCAUAUUGGGCGGGGCCUCGAACCACGCACACCGGUGUCAGAGAACAGCAGCAAGAGACGCAGAUUGUCUACACAGCAAGAUGGAUGGGGUCGGGCGGUCUGGAACUUGACGGGAGGCAUCGCCGGGAAAGCGAUCAACUUUUGCUGGACAACGGUUUUCCAUGGCUUUCAUGCGGGGAGUGGUCCGGGCUACGACAUGGCAUUCAACACACCAGUGGUAGUUGCGGACGACCCGGCAGAUAUUUCGCGGAGUCGAGACGUAUUCGAUGCGGACUACCAAGAGAUGAACAGAACACCUGUUCCUGGGCAGUUUCCAACGAGCAGACCGUCAACUGGGAGAAUAAGGCAACAGUCCUGGGAGGAGAUACCAACACCUACCGCUACAACAGCAUUGAAAUCGAAUUGGGUUGUGGUGGAAGCCCCCGCCGUGAAUGAAAGCGACACGAGUCCGGUGCGCAAAAGAUCGAAGCCAAGCACAGCCAGCCUCUACGCGAAGCCCUCCGCAAGGCCACAAUAUGGUCGUCCGAAACUGCCAGCCCGCCAUAGCGCCUCCUUUGCUGCGACUCGGGCUUCGACGGGCGCUCGACCAUCCUCAUCAGGCUCAGAUCAUCAGCGGCAGAACAAGCGAAGUAGAUCUUCGAUGGCAUCACCGCGGAUCAGCGACGGUCCACAUACGCCAAAAUCACCAGAUUUGGUCAAGUUCGAGAAAAAAAUGCAAAGACAGAGUCAGAAACGUGAAGAGUCGAUAGAUUGGAUGGGUCAGCAAUUGCAAGAUAUGAUCAGAGAAGGACAGCAGGCUCUGGGCUCCAAAGUCGAGGUGUUUGAUGGCAACGAAGAUGAUGAGGGCUACCUAUCAAGAUAA